UCCUAAAAAUCCUACAUUCUUCUCCCAAACCCUCAAUCAGAGCUUGCUUCUCUUUCUCCCAAAUCCACUCCCCCUUCUUCCAACCCUCAAUCAGAGCUUGUUUAUCCUGUGUGAAAGAUUCUUCCCCUAAACCCUAACCCUUUCCCCCAUUAUAUGUAUGAUUCUUAUCCUGUGCAGGCUCGCUUCAUAAACAUGCUUCCUUCGAACUCUUGGUCUUCAUCGAUUCUAUUCGAUUCAGUUUCGUUUUUGAGGAAAAUUGAGAGAAAACAAGAGUUUCAAUCAAGUAUACAACAAGAAAACAAAGAAGAAAAUGAUUCGUUACGUGAAUCUCGUCUUCCUUGUGUUCUCAGCAACUUUGAUUUCUUACGGCUUCGCAUUCACCAAUCCAUUUGACGUUACAGCCCUCCAGGAUCUAUACAGGAGCUUAAACAACCCUCAAGGGCUACACGGAUGGAACGGUGGUGAUCCUUGUGAGGAGUAUUGGACAGGAGUAGCUUGUUCUGACUCCUCAGUUAUACAUCUCAAAAUUCAAGGAUUGAACCUUACCGGAUAUCUUGGAUCCUCGCUGUAUAAUCUACAAAAUUUGAAGAUAUUUGAUAUCAGUUCCAACAGCAUAAUGGGUGAAAUACCAUACGAAUUACCUCCAAAUGCCACACAUAUAAACAUGGCUUGCAACUAUUUGAGCCAAAAUAUCCCUCAUUCAUUAUCAAACAUGAAAAAACUAAGACAUCUGAAUUUAAGCCACAAUUUCUUGUAUGGACCAAUUGGCAAUGUGUUCACUGGCUUAGAUAAUCUCAAGGAAAUGUAUGUUUUCUUCACUUGAGUCUUUUGCUUUUAGAAUUUCAAUGCUAAUAAAUGAAAGACUUCACCAAUGAUUAAGCUAUGUUAGGCACUUAACCUAAACCAUUUCCACAGAAUUGUGUUUUCUGUGCAUUGCCAAUUUUUUGAAUUUUCCGAAUAGGUAAGAGCAAAAAAUGAAGCCAAUCUAAACCUUCACAAUUUUUAAUCAGUCAUAAUGGAAAGAGUAGUAUGUGUUUAUAUAUUAUGCCAUAAUAUAUAAAACAUGGCGAAAUCCAGAUAGCACAAACAUAAUCAUCCCUUUUUGUUGGAAAUGCAUUGGAUAGUUUAGACUUGAGAAGCAAGAAAAGGAUGCUAAUUUGGAAAAGAAAAUAAAUGAUCUGUCACCUUGUGGGUACUUCUGAUGCUGUUGCUUCUGCUGAGAAACUUAUCAAUGAAGUCCUUGCUGAGGCUGAAGCCGGGGCUUCUGCCGGUGGUGGUACUAGACGGAUGGCUGCACAAUCUGGGGGUGAUGAAUUUUCGAUGCAAAUCCCAAACAAUAAGGU